AUGGAGAGAGCACCGAUAAAGGGACCUCUGCGGUCGCACAUGAAAGAGAAGGUCCGUUCGUAUCUAUCUUCUAGAACUCUCACAGCAAUGCGAUCCUCCUCUGCGCACUCACGCUACCAACCACUUACCUUGCCACCCCUCAUCUCCUCACCCCCCCACCCACACCCCCACCCCCCCCCGCCGCAGCUGCGCGUCAUGUGUCUGCACCGCGUGCGCGCCAAUCGCGUCCGCCUGCUCUGGGACAUGCGCGCGUCUGCUUCCCCUUCCGCCUCCGUGCACCCUGCUGUCUCCUCCGCUCCCUCGCCCUCUUCCCUUGCCGCUCUCCACCCUCGCCUCUCCGUCCAAUUGCACCCAACCACAUCAGCAGCGCUCGUGUGCAUGGGCGCGCAGCAGCCGGGGGGAGCAGGUCGAGCGGAGUCGUGCUGGCAAGCAGACGCGCGAGUGCGCAGUGAGGGCGGUGAGCGCGAUGGGGGGAUGGAGCGCGGUGAGGAGGGUGAGCGCGGUAGGGAGGGUGAGAGCGAUGGGGGCGUGCGGGACGGCGAGCGCAUGGAGGGCGUGGCGAUGGCGAUGGGCGAGCGCUGGGCAGGGGAGGGGCACGCAGGCUCUGGCGGGGUUUCUGCUGGGCGGAACGAGGGGUCUAGGCGGAACGAGGGGUCGAGGGGGGCGCAGUUAGACUUGGCGCACGGGAUGGGCGCGGAGGGGCGAGGGGCGCGGCCAGAGCUGCGGAGAGUGCUGUUUGGGGAGCUGCAGCGGCUGCGGGGCGGAUGUGAUGAUGUCAGCCGUGAUGGUGGUGGUGGUGGCAUGGGGCACGCCACAGCGGUGGAGCACGAAACGGAGUUGCAUAAUGCGGUGGCAGGGAGGGGCGAGCACAAAGUCCGCCACCCCUCCCCUCGGGUAUGUGAUGCGGGGUGCCAUGGUGUGCUGCUGCUGGACAUGCAGACGGCGCUCUAUGAGCAUGAUGAUGCCCACCUGGAUCCGCCCCGCUGGGGCCAUUGGAGCAUGGAGGAGGAGGAGGCAUACCAGCAGGGCAUGGAGGAUGCUGAGAUCGUGGCGGCACUCGCUUAUCAGCAGCUUUCCUCCGUUUUGCCGUUCCCACUGACACAUCAUGGUUGCAGCAAGGGACAUGGCAGCAUGUGCACGCAGGUGUACCAGUCGCCUCACUCACUCUGCAUCUCCCACUGCCCGCACACCCCUGUGCAGGUGACAUUGGAGCAUCUGGCAGCGCGGCUGCAGGAGGUGACGUGGCAGCACGCCGUGGACUGCCCUGCGCUGCCCUCCUUCACGCUCCACAGGAGCCACAGCGUCACCGCCCUCCUCGCUCACUGCUCUGCAUGCUCCUUCUUUGAAUUAGUGCUGUAG